UAGAGGAAGAAGUGAUCACUGCCGCAUCCUAUUUCGAAGGAUCGCUAGUGUGAUGGUUGGAUGGAUUAGUGGCUUGAAAGUGAUUCGGCAGAAACAUGAGCAAUUGGGCGAAGACCCAUACUUUAGAGAGUUUUAUGGAGUUGGUAGAAGCGCAAUGGCACAACCCGCAGCAGGCCCAACAAGGCAGUGAUGCGUUGACCCGACUUGAUACUAAGAGGUACAAGACCGUGCGCAAACUUGCCUUUGUCGUAGAGCGUCUCAUUGUGGUCCCUGGAGUACGCUAUGAUCCACAUGCUUUAUUGACGAUGUAUUUGAGAUGUCUUCCCACAUACAACAAGAAAUUGUUAUUGGAGGAUAUUGGCCUCCGAGGCUUCCACAUGGAACUGGACAUAUCCAUAGUUCGACAUGGAGGAGGAAGUGGAAAGAAGGAUGCCGUGGAGGAGGACACAGAGAUGGAAGACGGUUUGGGGGGGAUGAGCAGGGUGAAGCGGAAUGGAAAGGGCAUUAUGAAUUAGAUAGAAGAAGUGCACCGUGCUGUCUGCCCAGAGGACGACAGCACUGCACGUUUCGUGAACAUAGAAGUCUUGUGUAUGGCAUUUAUGGGCGAGUCUGAAGGCUUCCAUGGCGGGGGUCAAGGCCUGGAAAGAGGAGUUGUUGGCGCGGAUGAGGACCGUGAGAUUGUCUGUGAACAUCUGUGCGGUGGGGAGAGCAAAGUCGUGGAGGGGGGUGUAGUUUUGUUCGGUCAGGCGGUCUAUGGAUGGGUCCUUGCGCAGGAACGGUGCGAUGGCUUCCAUUAUGAACAAGAAUAUUGGGGGUGCGAGGGGGUCGCCUUGUCGGACCGAUCUCGAUAUCGGGAGGCACGUGGGAAGACCUCAGGCAAUGCGACGACGCGACAGACGAUACUUCCGGGAGAAGCUACGCAUGUCACCGCGAGUGUUCGGGAAAUCGCAGAGGCAUGUGCGCCUCAUCUUCAGCGGCGGGUGACGUUCUACAGAGAGCCUUUGCAGCCAGACCAGAUUGUGGCGUACGCACUGUACAGAUGGGCGGGGAGACGUACGAGAACAACACGUGCAACUUCGGGAUUGGCAGAGCUUCUGGCCUGGUUGCCAUCCGCGACGUUACUGUCGUGCUGCUCCGGGUGGACGGAGAGAAGAUUGCCUGGCCGGCUGAAGUUCGUAAGCUCCUCGUUUUGCGGGCGUUCGCUGAUAAAGGGUUUCCCCAAUUGCCACGGUUGCAUUGACUGUACUCACAUCUACGUGGACAAGUCGACGUACGCACCGAGCGAAAACUAUUAUGACAGGAAGCGUCGUUUCUCCAUCGUCGCGCAGGUUGUCGUCGACUUGGACUUGCAUGUGCUUGAUGUGCACAUGGGAUACCCGGGUAGCUGCCACGACAUCAGGGUGCUCCAGUUGUCCAGCCUGUGGCAGCGCGCGGAGUCGAGGUCGUUGUUCCGUGGUCCCGCUGUGACACUACCGUUCGGUGUCCGGACGAACGGGUACAUCCUGGCGGACAAUGGCUACUCCCCUUCGGAAUGGAUGGUCGUCCCAUAUGGAGGCGUCAAUCAGGAGCUCGAUGAGGAGUGGUUUGACAACAAGCAGAAGGUGGCGAGGGGAGCGGUGGAGAGGGCGUUCGGCAGGCUGAAGGGGAUGUGGCGGCUGUUUCUGCGGACGCACAAGACCAACCUGGACACGCGCCCGCGACAGUUCACCGCCGUCUGUAUAUUCCACAACAUACUGAUUGACGCUGGAAUUCCAUUAUGAGAAUCUGCUAUGGGAGGUCGACGCUAAUGGUGUGCGAAGACGUGUGGACCUGGGGAUUGAAGAGCCCCUUCAGCCUACGUCGACAGACGAAGCGUUGGCCCUGAGGGAUGCUUUAGUGGAACGAAUGAAACACGAUUGAGUCG